AUGGCGUGCGAUCCGGUUCUACUACUACCAACGGGCACAUUCUUGAAUGAAACGAUUAAAAUCUUGGACAAAACAGAAUCUCCUCCUGAUUCUUACGAUUUUGAGCGUGGUUGUUGGUGUAUUAGGUGGUGGACUGCUCAGGAUCCUCAAGCCCUCCCCGGAUGUAGUGCAAUAUAUUGGUUUCCCAGGAGAGUUGUUCAUGAAUAUGCUGAAGGCAAUGAUUUUACCGUUGAUUGUUGCCAGUUUGAUAUCAGAACUGUAACAUGA